AUGCAUAUUCUAGGAAAAUAAACUGAUAUUAAUCGCAAAAGAAAAAAGCUGGAAAAAUCAAAUAAAAUUGUCCUGUAAUUUUUGGGCCAAAUUGUAAGUUAUGUAAAGUUUUUUAAAAGGAGGCAGAAUAAAAGAAUACUGACUUAAAAAUAUUAUUAGGAGAAUUUUAAGUUUUAAGUGAUAAAAAAAUUCAAUUUUAAUGCUUCAUAAAAUACCUCAAUAAAUAAUAUUGUUAUUUUUUAUAUUAAAACUUCAAUUAAUUAAGAAUGA